AUGAUUGCUCCGCCUCCCGGAAACACUCCCCUUCAACCCGCCGCGGCUGCGGGUGUUUACGCGGGUAACAACGCUCGAUACGGGCCUGUAUGGUCAAAUGUAUUUGGCGACAGGAAGGGCAAGAUGUUCAGCGACCUUGAGGCAUGCAAGCCAUCGGUCCACAACUAUCAAGGUGUGUUCAAUGGUGGCGGCGGGAAAGCCGGCGAUAGAUCCGGGACAUGCGGUGAAGGAGAUAACACUUGUUCAUGGCGAUGCGUGACGUAUGCGAUGAGCCAGGGCGAGUAUUCGGCGGGGACGUUGUAUCACGGGACGGCGAGCGAAAGGAAAGACCGGGGGAUGAAGCGGUCCACGUUCGAGAUGAGUGCCUCUUAA